AUGUCCCGGGCAUCGCAAAUCACAUUGGCGACCACAUGCGUUACUGCAGUCGGUAUCGUCGCAUUCGUGCACUGGUCGCAAAAGGCCGACAAAGCAGCCAUGCACAUGGGAGUUGUGCGAGACUUUGAGCAACAAAGAAUCAAGCGCGAACGUCAAGCCGAUUUUGAGAUGCAGCGAGAACUAGAACAAGAAUACAGAAAAUACCAGACGGUAUCAGAUGGCGGAGGACCCGAACCACGGCCAGACCAAGGACCCGGGCGAUGA